AUGCCCCUUCUGAGGUCUCUCGUCUCCUCCCCCCUCCUCCGCACCUCCCUCUCCGCCAACACCGUUAGGCCCUUCGUCAGGAUGUCGUCUUCCGUCCCCGUCCCCCAGGACUUUAACAACAUGCUGUACCAGACUCUGGAGCAGUACGACCCCGAGGUCAACGACCUCAUUGAGAAGGAGACCUGGCGUCAGUUCUCCGGUCUCGAGCUCAUUGCCUCCGAGGGGGGGGGGGGGCGCACGCACGUUGGACCAUUUUACUGA